CAAACCCUUUUCCCUUGUCCUCCGUACUAUCUCAUUUCAUUUCAUUCUUACUCAUCAAGCUAAGCUAAGAGAGAAAAAGCCUAUAAGUUUUUUCUUCAUUAUAUUCUUCACCCCCACCCCAAACAAACCCUAAUUAGCUUCACAAGCCUAUUUUCUUGAGAUAAUUAAUGUCUACCCAGUGUAGCAACCAAACCGGCGGUGGCAGUUUCGGGCUGAGUCUCAGCCUCGGGUUCCCGCCCGCCGCCGACGGUUUGAACGGUGGAUUCCACCCGACCCGUUCUUUCCCUUUGAAUCUUUUGAUGAACCCACCGUUAUCUUUCAUGAACCACACCACUCCCAAGGAUCUCCAUUCCUCUCCUUCUGCCACUUCUUCUGAUGUGGAGGACAAAGAUGAGGGAGGGAGAACGGCGGGGGCCGGCGGGAUUGACAUAAAUCAGCCUGCGGAGUACGAGGACGACAACCAGAUGGGGUCGUCGUCGCCGCACAGCACGGGGGCGUCGACGGUGACGGGGAAGAGAAGCGAGAGGGAGUUCGACGCGGAGGAGGAGGCCGUGGCAGCGGAGAUGACCGGCAGCUCCGUGGAUGAGGACGGCGGAGAUGCGGCGGCCGCCGCCAGGAAAAAGCUGAGGCUGACCAAAGAACAAGCCGCCGUUCUUGAAGACACCUUCAAGGGCCACUGCACUCUCAAUCCGAAGCAAAAGGUGGCCUUAGCAAAGCAGUUGAAUCUAAAGCCUAGACAAGUGGAGGUGUGGUUCCAGAACAGAAGGGCAAGGACGAAGCUGAAGCAAACAGAAGUGGAUUGCGAGUACUUGCGGCGGUGCUGCGAGAGGCUGGCGGAAGAAAACCGGCGGCUGCUCAAAGAAGUCGGCGACCUAAGAGCCCUAAAACUCUCUCCACAACUCUACAUGAACGUGGCUAGCCCUCCUCCCGCCGCCGCCGUCAUGUGCUCGAACUGCCAGCACAUCACGGCCGCCCCGCUUCCGUCCCCGCCGUCGGCUUCCUCUUCGUGCGCCGCCACCGCCGCCGCCUGCCACCGCCAGCAGCCGGCGGCGGCCGCCCCCCUCAUCCAAUGGGCGGCGAUCCUCCAGCCUCAGCAUCAUCAUCAUCAGUCAUCACAACGUCCCCAACAACUAUUGUAACAAUAAUAUUGCAUGCAUGCAUGCAAGAGAAAUUAAUUGGUUAAUUAACUAAUUAGUUUCUUUUUUUAAAUAUAUAAAAAAAUUAAUAUUAUUACAAAAUGGCGGUCCAAUAUAUGCAUUAAUUAUGCAUGUGUGCGUAGGAGAGAUUAAUUAAUAUGGGAUGUAGAGGGUGAUUAUAUAUACUCGUAUUACAUGAACUGUAUUUUUGAUAAAGUCGUAUUUGCCGUGUAAUUUAAAUGCAUUGAUCCAAGUGAAGAGUUUUU